UUUCCGCCAGCCGCCAUGGGACGUGAACUGCAGAAACGAAAAAAUCGAUCGGGUGUGCAGAAAGUGCGCCAAAAGCCCAAGUCCAAGAAGCGCCAGCUUGCGAACCCGAUCAUCGCUGCGAACUGGGACAAAUCGCUCACGCUUGCGCAAAACUAUAAGCGGCUGGGACUCGCAGCAAAGCUCAACAAAUUCACCGGCGGCACAGAGAAGAAGGUUUCGGAUCUCAGACAGAGCGAGGAAUCACAGCGCUUGGACGACGUCGAUCCUCUGAACAUUACCACCUCGAGCAAGAGGAAGAAACAGCAACUCGACCUUACCGAGGCCAAGAUUGAGCGCGAUCCGGAGACUGGUGCCAUAUUGAGAGUUAUCGAGCAGCAGGUCGCCCCAGCGAACCCGCUGAACGACCCUCUUGCUGAGUUCGAUAGUGACGAAGAGGGCGAGGCCGUGUCGAUACGGAACCAGCACGCGAAUACGGGUCGCACAGCAGAGAGCACGCCAGCCAAGACGGACACUGUGCGGGCUUUAGAAGCGCAAGCUGCGAGACCUGCCGCAAAGUACAAGAGGCGGCAGCCAGACGGAGAGGUGCAGUUCAUUGAGGAAUUGGUGCAGAAAUACGGAGACGAUAUCGAGAAUAUGGCUCGGGACACCAAAAUCAAUUACAUGCAGAGAAGUGAGGGAGACCUGAAGAAGAGGAUUAAAAAGUGGAAAGAAGCUGGAGGGAGAGUCGAUUGAUGAUGACAUUGCCAGCUCGGAGAAUCGAGUACUGUUCGCAGAAUAAACAGCGUGUUCGCC